AUACAAGGCUGAAUAAAAUAAAAUAAAAGCACACGGGUUAAUGUUGUUUAGUUCAUUUGAUAUUACCUAUAAAAGUCAAAUCAUUUUUAAAAGUUCCUCCUAAGUGUUUGUAACUAUCAAACAUUUUUUUUACUUGGCUUGAAAACUUAUUUGGUAAUUGUAUUUACUAUUUACUAGUUAGUAACUAAUAUUAUGUAGUCAGUGGUUAUAAAAUAAGCUCAUUAACAUUCACGAUAUAUUUAAUAUGGCGAAAGACGAAGGUGAGACCAAAAAUGUUAUAGCAGAUGCCUUAGAAAGGCAUAACUUCUACAGAAAAAAACAUAACGUGCCUCCUUUAAAAAUCAAUUCAAAGUUGAACGACCUAAGUCAAAAUUGGGCUAAUGAACUGGCUAAAAGAGACGUAGCAUCACAUCGCCCGAAUAAUGCAUAUGGUGAGAAUAUUUACACCAUAAAAUCAACAGAACAAGUGACCGAAUUGGGCAUUAAAGCAGUAAACAGCUGGUAUAAUGAAAUCAAAUAUUUUGAUUUUCAAGGAUCAAACGAUGACAUGGCUGCUUCUACAAAAGCUUUUCAUUUUACUCAAGUUAUUUGGAAGGACAGUAGUGAGCUUGGCGUUGGUGCAUCGAAAAGUUCUAAAUCCGGUAAAUUAUACGUUGUAUGUAAUUAUGACCCUCACGGAAACAUUAGAUCGCAGUUUAAAGAUCAAGUAUUGCAGCCAUCUGCAGGUGUUCCAUAAUCUGAGUCACAACUAAAUUAAUAUUAUGUACACACAUAAAUAUUAUAAUAAAAUCGAUUUCUGUCAUUGUGAUAAAAAAAAAACACUCAACAAU